AUGGUAGUGGUUCGAGGAUGGCCGAUGCCCGAUCCACUACGGAACACUUAUAAAGAGUUCUUCUCAACUUUCAAUAGAACAAUUGUAUGGAAUGAUACCAUAUCGCAUCAAGCUUAUACAAGAUUAAAGAAAGGACUUGGGACCUUGAAGUAUCCCUGCAUCGAGCGCGCUGUCAUACAGUGGGUUGAAGAGGUUACCAUUACAUGUACUCUCGCAAACAAACGUGUUUUUAAGGGAAUUUCCGUACUGGCUCAAGAUGCAAAUGUCGCUAAAAAUAUAUUACACCCUCCGCGGUUCGAGAUGUACAGGACUGAGAUCGAGGAAGCUUCCCGAAGGGGCGCAAUAUGGAUGCCACCAUCUCCUUGCUCGAGGUUAUAG